CGGAGGAGGUUCCGUACGGGCUGCGCGGGGGUCCCGGGCGAGCUGCGCGCAGCCAUGGCCGGGGCGCGCCCGGGGGUCCACACGCUCCAGCUGGAGCCCCCGCGUGUCCCGGACACCCUGCUCAAGGGCAGCAAGUUCAUCAAGUGGGACGAGGAACCAACCAAUCGGGCUCUUGUGACCCUGCGGGUGGACCCACAAGGGUUUUUCCUCUACUGGACUGGCCCCAGCAUGGAAGUUGACAUUCUGGACAUCAGCUCUAUCCGGGACACUCGGACCGGGCGAUACGCCAAACUCCCCAAGGACCCGAAGAUCCGAGAGAUACUUGGCUUUGGGGGCUCGGAGCAACACCCUGAGGAUAAGUUGGUGACGGUUGUGUAUGGCCCUGACCUGGUCAACACCAGCUUCCUCAACUUCAUGGCGGUUGUCCAGGAUGACACGGCUAAGAUAUGGACGGAGGGACUGUUCGAUCUGGCCACCAACAUCUUAGCUCAGAACGCUUCCCGGAACACCUCUUUGCAGAAAGCUUAUACCCGGCUUAAACUCCAAGUCAAUCAGGAUGGGAGGAUUCCUGUUAAGAACAUUCUCAAAAUGUUCUCCGCCGACAAGAAGCGGGUCGAGACAGCCUUGGAGUCCUGCGGCCUUAAUUUUAACAGGAGCGAGUCCAUCAAACCUGACGAGUUCACCCUGGAGAUCUUCGAACGCUUCCUGAACAAGCUUUGCCUUCGCCCAGACAUAGACAAAAUCUUGCUGGAGAUUGGAGCCAAGGGAAAGCCUUACCUGAGUUUGGACCAGCUGAUGGACUUCAUUAACCAGAAGCAGCGGGACCCCCGUCUCAACGAGGUUCUGUACCCCCCACUGACUCGGGCCCAGGUGCGGCAGCUAAUUGACAAGUACGAGCCCAAUCAGCAGUUCCAGCAACGUGACCAGAUGUCGAUGGAAGGGUUUGGUCGUUACCUGGGGGGAGAGGAGAACACCAUUGUGCCUCCUGACAAGCUGGAUUUAAGUGACGACAUGACCCAGCCUCUAAGCAGCUACUUCAUUAAUUCCUCACAUAAUACCUACCUCACAGCUGGGCAGCUGACAGGCAAUUCCUCGGUAGAGAUGUAUCGCCAGGUGCUGCUGAGCGGCUGCCGUUGCAUCGAGCUUGACUGUUGGAAGGGACGCCCCCAAGACGAGGAGCCCUUCAUCACACACGGAUUCACUAUGACAACAGAGAUACCCUUCAAGGAAGUCAUAGAGGCCAUUGCUGAAAGUGCCUUCAAGACGUCGCCUUUUCCUGUCAUCCUUUCGUUUGAGAAUCACGUGGACUCGGCAAAGCAGCAGGCAAAGAUGGCGGAGUAUUGCCGAAACACCUUUGGGGAUGCUCUGCUCAUUGAUCCCUUGGAAAAAUAUCCGUUACAGCCCGGUGUAGCCUUGCCAAGUCCCCAGGAGUUGAUGGGCCGGAUCUUGGUGAAGAACAAGAAGCGUCGCCCACACAGCAAGAUCUCCGAGGGCAGCGUGCGGAAGCGGGUGCUGGAACAGACACCCAGCUCCUACAGUGAUACCUCAAGCGUGGCUGAGCCAGGGUCUCCCCCACUGGGUUCUCCUCUGGCAGAACAGCAAGAACCCCUUUCGCCAAUUAUGACCAACGGCGAGGAGAAAUCAUCUGAGCGAAUACCUAAGCUGGUUGAACCCCGCAAGUCUAUCGAUCGUGAAGCUGAGAGUGAAGAAGAGGAGGAGCAGCAAGAACUGAAGAAGCCCACAACAGAUGAGGGCACUGCCAGUAGCGAGGCCAUCGCCACAGAGGAGAUGUCCACGUUGGUGAACUACAUCGAACCCGUCAAGUUCAAAUCCUUUGAGGUGGCCAGCAAACGCAACAAAUCCUACGAGAUGUCUUCGUUUGUGGAGACCAGAGGCCUGGAGCAGCUAACCAACAGCCCCAUGGAGUUUGUUGAAUACAACAAGAAGCAACUCAGCCGGAUAUACCCUAAAGGGACCCGGGUGGAUUCUUCCAACUACAUGCCUCAGGUCUUCUGGAAUGCCGGCUGCCAAUUGGUGGCGCUCAACUUCCAGUCUCUUGACUUGCCAAUGCAGCUGAAUCUGGGCAUCUUCGAAUACAACCGCCGAAGCGGGUACUUGCUGAAGCCAGAGUUCAUGCGGCGCCAGGACAAGCCCUUUGACCCCUUCACCGAAGACAUUGUCGAUGGCAUCGUAGCCAACACCGUCAAAGUGAAGAUAAUCUCAGGGCAAUUCUUGUCUGACAAGCGAGUGGGGAUCUAUGUCGAAGUGGACAUGUUUGGGCUGCCGGUGGACACCAAGCGCAAAUUCCGCACGCGGACGUCGCAGGGGAAUUCCUUCAACCCAGUGUGGGAUGAAGAGCCUUUUGUUUUCCACAAGGUGGUGCUUCCUACACUGGCCUCCCUCCGCAUAGCCGUCUUUGAAGAAGGGGGCAAGUUUGUGGGGCACAGGAUACUGCCAGUCUCUGCCAUCCGCUCAGGAUAUCACUACAUUUGCCUGCGCAGUGAAAGCAAUCAGCUGCUGUGUCUCCCGGCCUUGCUGGUCUAUACGGAGGCCUACGACUAUAUUCCAGAUGAUCACCAAAAUUAUGCGGAGGCCCUGAUUAACCCCAUCAAGCACGUCAGCUUAAUGGACCAGCGGGCGAAGCAGCUGGCAGCCCUGAUAGGGGAGAGCGAGGAGUGCACAGAGAAGCCACGGGAGUCCCUGGGAAGGAGCCGCUCCGAUGCAAGCUCCUCCCCCCCUGAAGAAGCGUGCAAGCCCCCACGAGCUUUACUGUCCCCCACCCGGAGCCCCAGUGUGGUCCCCAGCCAAGUGCAGAGGGACGAUCUGAUCGCCAGCGUCCUGGCAGAGGUCUCCCCACAGUCUGUGGAAGAGCUGAGGCAGCACAAAGCUUUCGUGAAACUGCUGAAGAAGCAGUACCGGGAGCUGAAGGAGCUGCGGCGGAAGCACAUGAAGAAGAUCUGCAGCCUGAACAAGAAGCAGAACGCACAGCUGUCCCAGGUGGAAAGGAGCCGGCAGCGUAGCCGGGAAGGGUCCCCCCGUGGCUCCCUGAGCUCCAUGGAGGCCACACGGCAGGGCCAGGGGCAGGAAGUGACCCGCCGGAUGCUGGAGCUGCAGGAGUGGCAGAUGCAGGGGCUGCUCCAGCUGCGGGAGGCCCAGCACCAGCUGGAGAGGGACUGCAAGCGAGAACAUCUGCACCAGGCCCAGCAGCGCCUGAGGGAAAUUGCCCGUGACUGUCAAGCUGCCCAGCUGAAGAAACUGAAGGAGAUGGGUGAGAAAGAGAAGAAAGAGCUUCAGAAAAUCCUGGACCGAAAACGGCACAACAGCAUCACAGAGGCCAAAUCCCGUGAGAAGAGUAAAAAAGAUGUUGAGCUGACGGAGAUAAACAGGAGACACAUCACUGAGUCAGUGAACUCCAUUCGCAGGCUCGAGGAAGCCCAGAAGCGGCGACAGGAGAAGCUGCUGGCGGGCCACCAGGGGAUCCUGCAGCUCAUCGAGGAAGAAGAGCCGCGGUUGGCAGCCCAACUAGAAGACGAGUGUGAACUGGAAAGCGUCUCCCUCCCCCAAGAGAUCAGCCGCUACCUGCAGGAAGAGCUGGACGGCGGCAUCAGCAACGGACACCCGCCCGGAUCUAACGCUUGCCCAAGCCCUGCCGAAGAAGAGCUGACGGUGCUGUGA